AUGACUUCUUGGGCCAUCGUCGGAGCCGCUCGCGGCAUCGGAUCUGCCAACCCAAACAACACCGUGUUUGCCUUGAUUCGAAGCCAGGCAACAGCUGGUCCAGUGAACGAGCUGGCCGCCAAGCGCAGCAACAUCAAGGUGAUCGAAACGGAUGUUUCCAGCCUCGACAAGCUGAACCAAACAGCGGAGAGCAUCAGCGAGGUCACGUCAGGCAAGCUGGACGUCCUGAUCUAUAACGCCUACUCUGCUGGUACCGACGAAGGAAAGCUUCUGCCCCCUACUGCUUUCGUGAACCUCUUCCAAGUCGUCAACACGGUCAGCGCCUUUCUCCCUCUCAUUGAAAAGGGUCAGCAGAAGAAGAUCAUCUACAUCUCGUCGGGAAUCGGGGAUAUUCCCACCACCCGCGCCACCGAAUUGCCAAACCUUCUUGGCUAUGCCAUCAGCAAGGCAGCCGGCAACAUUCUCAUGGCAAAGUACGCCGUGGAUCUGAAGGCCAAGGGCAUCCUCACACUCUCGCUAAGCCCUGGCUGGGUGGAAACCGACGCUUCUCGAGAACUCUCCAACUCGCCCGAGGUCUUCCAGUGGAUGCUCUCAUCGUUCCAAAAACUGGAUCCCACAGUCAAGGGCAUGAUCUCGACCGAAGAAUCCGUCAGCGCUCAGUUGUCUGUUAUAGAUUCGCUCGACGAGAAGCUCAGCGGGGCUUUCGUAUCUCACCGGGGCAACGACCGCGAUUGGUUCUAG